AUGGAUUUCAGGACUACCUGUGAGGAGACAAAGACAGGGAUUUGUUUGCUGCAGGAUGGUAAUCCGGAGCCUUUCAAAGUGCGGCUACACCUGGCCAAAGAUAUUCUGAUGAUCCAGGAACAGGAUGUGAUAUGUGUGUCUGGUGAGCCUUUCUAUUCUGGUGAAAGAACGGUGACCAUUAGAAGACAAACUGUAGGAGGAUUUGGAUUAAGCAUAAAGGGGGGAGCGGAACAUAACAUUCCAGUUGUCAUUUCAAAAAUCUCCAAGGAGCAAAGAGCUGAGCUCUCAGGACUGCUCUUUAUUGGGGACGCAAUUCUGCAGAUAAACGGGAUUAAUGUGAGGAAAUGCAGACAUGAAGAAGUGGUUCAGGUUCUUCGGAAUGCUGGAGAAGAAGUGACCCUGACGGUCUCAUUUUUUAAAAGAGCACCUGCUUUCCUCAAACUCCCACUGAACGAAGAUUGUGCAUGUGCACCGAGUGACCAGAGCAGUGGCACCUCCUCUCCCCUCUGCGACAGUGGCUUACACCUCAACUAUCAUCCCAACAACACAGACACGCUGUCCUGCUCUUCGUGGCCCGCGUCCCCGGGCCUGAGGUGGGAAAAGCGGUGGUGUGACCUCAGGCUGAUCCCUCUGCUGCAUUCCCGGUUCUCCCAGUACGUGCCCGGGACAGACCUGAGUCGGCAGAACGCUUUUCAAGUCAUCGCCGUGGACGGGGUCUGCAGCGGGAUCAUCCAGUGCCUCUCUGCUGAGGACUGUGGCGAGUGGCUGCACGCCGUAGCGGCCAAUAUUUCCAGCCUCACGAAGCACAACAUUAGAAAAAUCAACAGAAACUUCCCUGUAAACCAGCAGAUCGUCUACAUGGGCUGGUGUGAAACACGGGAACAAGGUCCCCUGCAGGACAGCGCGUACGCGCCGGCGUUCCUAGCCCUGAGGGGCUCGUGUCUUUACAAGUUUCCGGCACCUCCAGUGACCACGUGGGACUGGACCCGAGCAGAGAAAACGUUUUCAGUGUAUGAGAUUAUGUGCAAGGUUCUCAAGGACAGCGACCUGCUGGACCGGCGGAAACACUGCUUCACUGUGCAGUCCGAGUCUGGGGAGGACCUCUACUUCUCCGUGGAAUUAGACUCUGACCUCACCCAGUGGGAGAGAGCCUUCCAAACAGCAACCUUUCUGGAAGUGGAACGGAUACAGUGCAAGACCUAUGCGUGUGUGCUGGAAAGUCACCUGAUGGGGCUCACGAUCGACUUCAGCAUGGGCUUCAUCUGCUUUGACGCUGCGACCAAGGCAGUACUUUGGAGGUACAAGUUUUCUCAGCUUAAAGGUUCUUCGGAUGACGGCAAGAGCAAAAUCAAAUUUUUGUUUCAGAAUCCAGAUACUAAACAGAUUGAAGCAAAGGAGCUGGAAUUUUCGAACCUGUUUGCUGUUCUUCACUGCAUUCACUCGUUCUUUGCCGCCAAGGUGGCUUGUUUGGACCCUCUCUUUUUAGGCAAUCAGGCUACUGCCUCUGCUGCUCCCAGCUCCGGCAUGAUGAGCAAAGCCAAGUACAUGACUUGA